GCUUCAACAGACGUUGUGCAAACAUCGCGGUACAAAUGUCCCCGUUUCUGACGCCUGCGUAGUGGAUUAAACGUUAUUUGAAAGCUUGACAACCGAUGAGGGUCCAAAUAAGGGCCUUCAGUAAACCCUUUAGCUCUCCGCGUUGUAAACUGGUCUGUGUGUGCUUCAGAAAAACAGUGAACGGGGAAGCACUGUUUCAGAAUGCGCAGGGGAGCCAAGAAGAGUUGUCGUCAACCGAUUCAAGCGGACAGUAAGAGACUCUUUGUGUAAAGGCAUGCAUGCACUUCUAAGGGACUCGCUUUUGAGGAACUCGGCAACGUACGUGGACAACUUGAAGAACAUAGAAGAAGUGCUAUGCUUUCUUCAACACGACUCUGUACUCAGCAACGAAGAAAUAGCCUUCAUACUUCCUAUCUCCAAGACUGAAGACAAGGUAAAGGUGCUGCUGGAAAUCCUGGUCAGCAAAGAUGACCGAGCCUUCUACGUUUUUCGCGACGCCCUCAGAAAAACUGGCUUCGGGCACUUGGAGGAUUUGCUUGACGACGGCGCGACGGCGUUUACAGGCCCGGGGACGCGAGGGAAGCAUCGUGUCAAACGUCUGUCUCCUCUCCAGACGGCCUACGCCACACCCAGGGCACCACAGGCUCGGGGAGAUUUGCGAAGAAAGUCAGACGCGACCAGACGCACAAAGAAGAAAACUAUUUCACCUCGACAGGAGACUGAUGCCUUGGCGGACGGGGAGCAUGCGCAACUUCCGAACGAACAAGUUAGUCAGAGCGGUGAGGUCUCUCAAAGAGAAACUCCGCGUAAGCCGAAAGAACGACCGCCAGAAUCUCAAUCAGAACAAACGUUAACCAACACACCACCUAGCACAGAAGGCCCAACACUAGUGACACAGCAAUGUCUACAAUUUUCUAUAAUGAGCGUCGAGAAAGUUUCUCCCAUACCAAGCGAAGCCUCCCAAGACCUUGAAGUAGAUACAGACAAAAAUUCAUCGGUUCCCUCCCCAGAAAGUAUUCUGCAGGAAGAGAUUUAUUUCCAGACCCAAACAUCAUCAACACACGAAGACCAAGAAAACGACGAACUCACCACCGAAAAUGACGCCGUAUAUUCAGACACGGCGAGUCCAAGACGAGCCUACAGAUGUAAGUUAUCCCUGCACCUUAAAAGUAUCCAACAACGCGGCAACAAAUCCAACAUCUCUCAACCCGAGCAAGACAGGCUUAAGAAGGCCGGCGACCUCUUUACGACAGAGCUGAUGACCAUUUCACAGAGGUACAUAGACUUGGAGGCGGUACUGAAGAAAAACGGGGCUACGCUACUCACCGUAUCCAAGGGUAACCGAGCUAACAGCGUGACCUGUCUCCUGUGGUUUGGAAAUGAGGACGACUUACAGAGAUUCUGGCUGGCGUAUCGUGAAGGGACCGUUGCCAUGGAUAUGUCACGUGAUCUAGUGUCAGAUGACGUGUGCAAGGCGGCGAAACGUCUGAACUUGACUGUUGGCUGUCACAUGGUGGAGAAGGAGUACCAGAUGGGAAAGGCGCAUUUCCAAGGUGAGUUUGAAGGACUCCUAGACCCGUCUCAUUACCCCACCUUCGAGAAAUACAUCGUGGACUUCUUCCAGGGCGGCGGUGACGGCAGCACCCUUCACGCGCCCUUCCGUACCAGCUCCCUCCUCUCCUGCCUCCUGCAGGACAAGUUCUUCUGGCCGUUCGUCUGCUCCUACUGGAAGGACUGCAGGCAGCCCCCCGCAACCCUGACGGACUUCGUGCUGUACUGUGUAGAGGAUGGGGCGAACUUAGCACGAGAAAACGACGGUGAAACUGCUAUCCAGUUCUACAAGGUUCUCCACGAAAACCUUUCCAAGCUCUCGGGCAUAGGUGAAGUGAAUAUGCAGUUCAGUGCAACAAUCAAGUCAAGGUCCGCGUUGGUACGAACUGAUGAGACUUUCCCUCUUUUGGAUCUCCUCCUGUUCAUGAACCAUCUCAAGGUGCUUGUUCUGCAGAAUCAAAGUCUCUCGGAUUCUUCCGUAGCGACGCUGUCACAGCGAUUAUCAUGUUUACAUCUACUAGAAGAGUUGGACCUCUCAAACAAUGGUAUGAACGAUCAGAACAUAAUGGAGCUUACACAAUCUUUCCCCCACAUACCCAACGUGAAGAUACUUAAGCUGACAGGGAACAAAACGACACCGUCGGGAACGAAGCACCUGCUAGACCAAAUGUCGUCGUUACAACAUUUAGAGAAGGCAGAUUUCAGAGUUCUAAACCUCUCAGGUGUUCAGGUUUCGCUUGAGGACGCCACGAAAAUGUCCCACACUUUCCGCGCAAUGGGAAACUUAACAUCAGUAGAUUUUAGUGGUUGUGGUUUAGAUGACGAUGCCGCGUUGACGAUGGUUGAAAAUCUAAGAAAACUCUCUCAUAUCCGUAAUCUUAACCUCGGAGGAAACCAGAUCACCGACAAAGGCGUGACCGCAAUCUUCAGACAACUUCGUCACAUGAAAGCGCUGUGCAGACUCGACCUCAGUUCGAACAAGAUGACAACAGCUUGCCUUGCUCUACUAACCGACCACAUACGCUCCUUAAACGAACUGAAGGAGUUGAUCCUUCUAGGCGUCCAUCCUGAGGAGGCAUCAGUUUCCGAGACACUUCAGCUCGUCUUGGGAUUCAUCAACAGUUUAGAAGGGUCCAUGGGAAGCGGAGAGGACGCAGACUCUUUGUUUGACAAAAUCUUAAAUGAGGAUCUUGACGACGAAGUUUUAGAGAGUAACAUAAAAGAAUCACUGUUGAAGUCAGAACCGAUAGUUAUCUGGACAGGUGAAUUGUCCCUACAUCUCGGAAUUAUCACUGUAUAGGCUGUAAACUCGCCAUUGACAUGUACAGUUUUGUUUACA